GGCCUCCCAUAAAGCGGCUGGCGGAGCGUUCUCGGGCGCGCUGCUGCGGCCACGGCGGGCGGGAUGCUGCUGCUGCUCCUCGGGGGCGCCGUCGCGCUUUUUGCGCUGGUCCAGCUGAUCCGCUUGGAGUUGCGCGCCGAAGGCGACCUCACCCUGACCUGGCAGGAGUGGUGGGGCAAGAAGCCCGAAAAUGAACUUCCCGGGAAAGUGGUCUGGGUGACUGGAGCCUCCAGUGGGAUUGGCGAGGAGCUGUCCUACCAGCUAGCAAAGAUCGGCUCACUGCUCGUGCUCUCCGCCAGAAGAGAGAACGAACUGGAGAGGGUAAAGAAGAGAUGUCUUGAAAUCAGUCAGCUAAGUGACAAAGAUAUCCUUAUCGUGCCGCUCGAUCUAACCAAGAGGAGUUCCCAUGAACCUGCGACAAAUACAGUUCUUCAACAUUUUGGAAGGAUUGACAUCCUGGUGAACAAUGGUGGGCGAUCCCAGCGUUCGCUGUUUGUGGACACAAGCAUAGAUGUCUAUAGUGCCAUAAUGGAACUCAACUACCUGGGCACCAUCUCUUUAACAAAGUGUGUCCUGAAUCACAUGAUUGAAAGGAAGCAAGGAAAGAUUGUCACCAUAAGCAGCGUGAUGGGUAUCAUGGGAGCUCCCUUGGCCACUGGCUAUUGUGCCAGCAAACACGCUUUGCAGGGUUUCUUUAACUCUCUCCGGCCUGAACUUACUGAGUAUCCUGAAAUAAAAGUAAUUAACAUUUGCCCGGGGCCUGUCCAGUCACAGAUCAUACAAAAUGUGUUUACUGAAGAGGUUUCAAAGGUAAACGCUACCGUUGGAGAUCAGACUCAUAAAAUGUCAACAGAACGCUGCGCCCAACUAACGCUGGUUAGCUUGGUCAACAACCUGAACGAAGCCUGGGUCAGCGAUCAACCGUAUUUAACAGUCUGUUACCUCUGGCAAUAUGCACCCACCUGGGCGUGGUGGCUGCUGAAUCGCAUGGGAAAGAGGCGAAUACAGAAUUUCAAGAGUGGAGUGGAUGCAGAUGUGGCUUACUUCAAGAAGACUUCCUGAGGAGGCACAGUCCUUCUCCUUCCCAUCUACAUCAGACAGACAGAAGCAACCGUCUUCCUCCGCUUCGAUUUUCUUGUUUUCAAUGUGUAGCUUCACUUCUGGCUACUAUAUAAUCUGAUACAUAACAUGUCUGUUUUAACGUAUUGCUUUGAAUAAAUUUCUAUAUAGGAUGCUUUUUGAUAUGGUAAUACAGAUGGCCAUCAACAAUUUUUUAUAUUCCAUAAUCUCACAUAAAACUGACCUCCUACCCAAAAGACUGUCUUAGUGGGGACUGUUCAAAACCUAUACCUCUCCCAAGGCAUGUUCUCAAACAGCAAGGCCUUAGGGUACACACAAGCUUCCAAAUUGUAUCUUCUACCUCUGAAGUAUUAUCUUACCAGCAGCUCAUUAUCAUUAGCAAUGUCUUGACUGUCUAGAGAAGGAAACUAUGCACUCAAGAUCUCUCUUCUGCCUUUCAGCACUGACAGACCUACUAAGGAGAUUUUGUGGGUGUAAAAAACCUCAUUAGUGACAUGAAAGAGUAGUAGUAGGCUGAAGGCAAUCAUCAGCACAAAUACAUUUUUUUUUUAAAAGGAAGCAACCACAAGCAGGGCCAUUAUAUUCCUCGUUAUAAGUCUAACAAGAUUUCAAGACCUCUGUCCCUCUCCCUAGAAAUGCUCUUUUUAGAAUGAUUCUUGUAGAAGAAACAGUCCUAGAGGAAGAACUUGUUGGAAGAUUGCUUGUGAUUGUGUGCUUGUAGGACAACCACCCUCAACUUUGCUGAGACCUGUGGGGGAUUACAGGAACUGUUUCCACAAAUGUUAAUCCCCUUUUUUUUAAAAACCAAGAGAAUUUUUUUUAAUAUUUGCAAGACUCAAACCUCUUAUUUUGUGGGGUAAAUAGAGAUGUAUUAUUCAAUGUUUUCAAGUACUCCUUUGAUGCAAAUAAAAUAUACCGUUACAAAUGGUAA